AAUUAAAAUGACUAAUUCAGCACAAUUGCUUGCUGUUUGUUAUUAAAAUUGUUGUAAUUCGUUGAUUGCGCUCAACAGCUUAAUUUCUUUGGCAAUUUAACAAUUCGGGUUUCAUAACGAAUUAUUAAAUUAGAAUUGUGAAAAUCAAGUGUUUCGGAUUUGAUAAGUUGGUUUAAUUGAAAAUGGCCUACCAACAAGGAGCAAUGCCCGAUCAAUCGUUUCUCUGGGACGUUUUCCAAAGGGUUGACAAGGACAGAAGCGGUCAAAUUUCUGCUGACGAACUCCAGAUGGCCCUUUCCAAUGGCACUUGGUCUGCUUUCAACCCGGAAACAGUGCGACUCAUGAUUGGGAUGUUUGAUCGCGAGAAUAGGGGCACUGUGUCUUUUCAGGACUUUGAAGCGCUUUGGAAAUACGUUACUGAUUGGCAAAAUUGUUUUCGUUCAUUCGAUCGCGAUAAUUCCGGCAAUAUUGAUAAGCAAGAGCUCAACACCGCUCUGAGCACCUUUGGUUAUCGUCUCUCUGACCAACUUGUUGGCGUCCUCAUACGUAAAUUUGAUCGCUUUGGCCAAGGAACCAUUCUUUUCGAUGAUUUCAUCCAAUGCUGCAUCGCCUUAUAUACGUUAACUGCCGCCUUCCGGCAACACGACACCGACAUGGAUGGUGUCAUUACCAUCCAAUACGAGCAGUUCUUAAGCAUGGUUUUCUCACUUAAAAUUUAAUUAUGUACUUUCUCCACAUGCACAAACCCUGUUGUUUAUCACAACAUGUACCUCAUGUAAAUUAUUUAAAAAUAAACUCAGAAAAAUCAACAUAUAAUUGAUAACUGAA